CUUUUUGUUUGAAAUAGUGAUGGAUACGAAUACAAGUUUAUGGGGAGUGUUGUGGAUUGGGUCUGCCACAAGAUUAAUCCUGGUCAUUUACAUGUUGCGGAUUAUCCAGUUGGACUAGGGUGGCCAGUGGUUGAACUAAGGAAGCUUCUAAAUGUUGAAUCUGAUGAUGGAUUCCACAUGAUAGGGAUCCAUGGAAUGGGAGGGGUAGGGAAAACAACACUCGCUUUAGCAAUUUAUAAUAUGAUUGCUAUCUGUUUUGAGGGUUCUUGUUUUCUUCAAAACGUGAGAGAGAAAUCAAACAAACAUGGGCUGGAACAUCUCCAAAGCAUCCUUCUUUCAAAAAUACUUGGAGAGAAGGACAUCAACUUAGCAAGUGAGCAUGAAGGAAUUUCAAUGAUACGACAAAGGUUGCAACGAAAGAAGGUUCUCUUGAUUCUAGAUGACGUUGACAAGUGCGAGCAGUUACGGGCACUGGCUGGAAGCCCUGAUUGGUUUGGUCCCAGCAGCAGGGUCAUCAUCACAACUCGAGAUACUCAUCUGCUUGCAUCUCAUCAGGUUAAAAGAACAUAUGAGUUCAAUCCAUUGAAUGAAAAGGAUGCUCUUCAGUUGCUUACAUGGAAAGCUUUCAAAACGGAACAGGUUGAUCCAAGUUACAUAGAGGUCUUGAAUCAUGCAGUAACUUGUGCUUCUGGCCUUCCAUUGGCUUUGGAAGUAAUAGGUUCCAACCUGUUUGCAAAAAGUCUGGAACAAUGCAAAUCUGCUGUCAAUCAAUAUAAAAGAAUUCCUAGCAGUCAAAUCCUUGAUAAACUUAAAGUAAGCUUUGAUGCUCUGGAGGGAGAAGAGAAGAGUGUUUUUCUUGACAUUGCCUGUUGCUUCAGAGGAUACGCAUUGGCAGAGGUUGAGAUUAUGCUUCGUGCUCUUUAUGACGAUUGCAUGAAACAUCAUAUUGGUGUGCUAAUUGAUAAAUCUCUCAUAAAGAUUGGUUGGUCGAGUACAAUUGAAAUGCACGACUUAAUUGAGGACAUGGGUAGACAAAUUGACCGGAAAGAAUCAUCCAAAGAGCCGGGAAAGUGCAGGAGAUUAUGGUUACCUAAAGAGAUAAUUCAAGUUUUAAAGAACAACACAGGCACUAGUAGGAUUGAGAUUUUAUGUCUUGAUAUCUCCGUAUCUGAGAAAGAAGAAACACUACAUUGCAAUGAAGACGCCUUUGAAAAGAUGAAAAACCUAAAAAUACUUAUUAUUAGAAAUGGCAAAGUUUCCGGAGCUCCCAGUUGUUUACCAGAAAGUUUGAGAGUACUGGAAUGGCAUGGAUACCCUUCCAAUUGUUUACCAUCAAGUUUUGAUCCGAACAAACUUGUGACAUGCAAGUUACUUAAGAGUCAUUUUACGUCAUUUGGGUUCCUUGGAAAGAAGUUUGAGAAUCUAACCGUCUUGAAUUUUGACAACUGCCAACUUUUAACACGGAUACCUGACGUAUCUGAUCUCUCAAAUUUGAAGAAACUUUCAUUUGAAGGGUGUAAGGGUUUAAUUGCACUUGACGACUCAAUUGGUUUUCUGAAUAAACUUAUAAUAUUGAAAGCUGAAGGUUGCACGAAGCUGAGGAGAUUUCCACCUCUCAACUUACCCUCUCUUGAAAAACUUGAACUUUCAUAUUGUUCAAGUCUUAAGAAUUUUCCAGAAAUAUUAGGAAAGAUGGGAAAUAUUGGGGAACUUAGUUUGUCUAAACUUGCCAUAAAAGAGUUGCCAGUUUCAUUUCAAAAUCUUACUGAACUCCAUCGGUUACAUAUUUCAUGUGAUUUUUAUCGGUUAAAUAGCAUUGUCUUAACGCCUAAAUUGGUUGCUAUUAUCGUUAUUAAUUGCAAGGAUUGGAAAUGGGUAAAAUCAAAAGAUGGUGAAGAAGUGGGCUCAACGGUAUUUUCAGAUCUACGUUACUUUGAGCUCAACUCCUGCAACCUGAACGAUGAUUUUUUUUCAGCAGCUUUCAUGCAGUUGGCCACAGUGACAUCUUUACACUUCCGGGAAGUUAAUAUCACAUUCCUUCCCGAGUGCAUCAAAGAAUUUCACUGCCUGAAUUAUCUCAAUGUGACUAGAUGCAAGCGUCUCGAGGAAAUUAGAGGGGUUCCACCAAACUUGAAAAUUUUUAGGGCGAUACACUGUACAUCCUUAACUUCUUCGGGUUCAAGCAUGUUGUUGAAUCAGCAACUCCACGAGGUUGGAGAGACUGAUUUUAUUUUUCGAGGAGGAAGUAUCCCAAGUUGGUUCGAUAAACAAAGCAGAGGACCUUCAAUUUCUUUCUGGUUUCGUCAUAAAUUCCCUCCCAAAGUUCUUUGUCUUACUGUUGCACCUCUACUGGAUCUUGUUGCAGAAAUGAUUAGACCCAUGGUGUUAAUCAACGACAAAGUUCAAGAACAUACUUUUAAACCUAUCGAUGAGGUAAGGCUGGAAUUGGAUCAUAUGCACCUCUUUGGUGUAAGAGAGUUACAUUUUGAUGAUGGUCUGAUGGAAAUGCCUUUAGAAAAAGAGUGGAAACAUGUGGAGGUUACAUACGAAGGUUUGGUUGAUACCUCACUCAUCAAAGCAAUUGGAAUCCAUGUAGUGAAAGAGGAAAGCAUGGGCAUGAAGGACAUUCGAUUUGAUGAUCCUUACACCAGUACAAAAGUGUGGCCAUGCAACUUCUUUAUAGCUUUUCUUCCUUUCUUUUUUCUCUUUUCAUUAGCUCUGGUUUUAUUUACAAGUUUCAUGGCCUACCCAACCCAACUAUGACAACUUUAUUUGGGUUUAUAUUGUAAAAAAUGUGUUUGAAAUCAA